ACGUUUGUCAGCAUGUCGGAAACUGCGCCUGUUGCAGCUCCUGCUGUCUCCGCUCCCGGGGCAAAAACCUCAACAAAAAAACCGAAGAAGGCAGCAGCUAGUUCUAAAGCCCGCAAGCCUCCAGGUCCCAGCGUGACCGAGCUGAUCACCAAGGCGGUGUCCGCUUCCAAGGAGCGCAAAGGGCUCUCCUUAGCCGCUCUUAAGAAGGUUUUGGCCGCCGGAGGGUACGAUGUGGAGAAGAACAACAGCCGCAUCAAGGUAGGAUUAAAGAGCCUGGUGAGCAAAGGCAUUUUGGUACAGACCAAAGGUACCGGCGCUUCUGGUUCUUUCAAACUCAACAAGAAGCCUGGUGAGAUCAAGGAAAAGGCUCCCAAGAAGAAGCCAGCGGCAAAGCCUAAGAAACCAGCUGCCAAGAAGCCCUCCAGCGCCGCCAAGAAACCCAAAAAGGCUGCGGCCGUGAAAAAGAGCCCGAAAAAAGUCAAGAAGCCAGCGGCUUCCGCAGUCAAGAAAGCGGCCAAGAGCCCGAAAAAAGUGAAAGCCGCCAAGCCCAAGAAGGCAGCUAAGAGCCCGGCUAAAGCGGUGAAACCAAAAGCUGCCAAGCCCAAGCCAACAAAGGCCAAAACCGCGAAGGCGAAGAAGGCAGCGCCCAAAAAGUAAAGUGUAAAUUUGAAAAGGAAAUUUCUGACCCAACGGCUCUUUUAAGAGCCACCCCCAGUUUCAGAAAAAGAGCAAAAUCGCUGUACUCACUUUCAAACCACCUACGCAAUUUUCGAGUAUACUGAGUAUUCGGUUUGUUACAUAGGUCGGGUACAGUGAGUGUGUUACAAAGGGGAAUAAAUGCUCGCGCUUUCUGGUGUACCCUUAAGAUGGCAUCCUGGGCAGUUUUCUAUAAAAAAAUGUUAUAGAGAGUGAAGACGAUUGUAGCGCCUGGCAGCUAUCGAUAAAACCCCGUUACGGUGGCGCUGUUCUGGGUACCUAUGAAUCAGCUGAUUAGGGGCGGAGUGCUUAGCUCCCAGUAGAUUUCUAGCCUAGUGCUUCGUUCUAGCCAUUUCGACCAAUACUGACAACAUAAGAAACCGAGAAGUAGGAACUUUCUCCGUCCUGUUUGGCUAGCUCCUCUCUGAUUGGCUAAUAGUUCAUAUAUGGCUAAAUCUUAUUGGACACUUCCAAAUUUUUGAAAACCCCGCGCGCUCUGAGUAGCGCGCCCUUCCCCUUCUCUGAUUUGAUUGAUCCCAAAAACUGUCGUCACCAAUUGCUCACUCCCUGAAGGAUCCUGAUUUUCCUAUUUCCAGCCCCAUCCCCCUAAAGCACCCAUCUUUCAAAUACUUCCCCCCAACUAUUAGAGAUAAGGUGAGUGAGAUAUCUUUAAGCUUGUCUCUCUCACCAGUAGA